UCCCCCCUCUGAUCCAGCCCUUUGACAUCCCCUCCACCUCCGUGGGGAAGCUCAUGUACAUCGCGUGCGUGGUGUCCUCGGGGGACAUGCCCAUCCGCAUCACCUGGCACAAAGACGGACAGCUCAUCAUCCCCGGCUCCGCGUCCGGCGUCGCCAUAGAAACCAAAGAGUUCAUGAGCUCCCUCCAAAUCUCCAAGGUGACCCUGAAGCACAACGGGAACUACACCUGCAUCGCCAGCAACGCGGCCGCCACCGUCAGCUGGGAGAGGCAGCUCAUCGUCACUGUGCCUCCUCGCUUCGUGGUCCAACCCAACAACCAGGACGGUAUCUACGGCAAGGCGGGGGUCCUCAACUGUUCUGUGGAGGGGUACCCCCCCCCCAAGGUCAUGUGGAAACACGCCAAAGGUAUAGGGAACCCCCAGCAGUACCACCCGGUGCCCCUCACCGGCCGCAUCCAGGUUAUGUCCAACGGCUCGCUGCUGAUCCGCCACGUGCUGGAGGACGACCGGGGAUACUACCUCUGCCAGGCCUCCAACGGAGUGGGCUCCGACAUCAGCAAGAGCAUGGUGCUCACCGUCAAGAUCCCCGCCAUGAUCACCAGCCACCCCAACACCACCAUGGCCAGGAAGGGCCAGACCAAGGAGCUGAACUGCACCGCGCGCGGGGAGCAGCCCAUCAUCAUCCGCUGGGAGCGCGGCGACACCGUCAUCGACGCCGAGAGGAACCCGCGCUACUCCAUCUCCAUCAACAAGAAGGGGGACGAGGUCAUCUCCACCCUCAAGCUCAACCCAGCAGAACGAGGAGACUCAGUGUUCUUUUCUUGUCACGCCAUCAACUCCUACGGAGAGGGGAGAGGACUGAUCCAGCUCACUGUGCAAGAGCCCCCAGACCCCCCUGAGCUGGAGGUGCGGGAGGUGAAGGACCGCAGCAUGAACCUCCGCUGGAUCCAGAGGUUUGACGGCAACAGCAUCAUCACCAGCUACGACAUCGAGUACAAGAACAAGUCAGACACCUGGGACCACAUGUACACCACCAGGAACAUCUCCCCCACCAACAACCAGGCCAACAUCGUGGAGCUGCACCCGGCCUGCGUCUACAGCAUCCGCAUGUACUCCUACAACAAGAUCGGCCGCAGCUCGCCCAGCAAGGAGCUCACCAUCAGCACCGAGGAAGCACAGCCCGACGGCCCGCCCAUGGACGUCAUCCUCCAGCCAAUGACGUCGCAGAGCAUCCGGGUCACAUGGAGGGCCCCUAAGAAAGAGCUCCAGAACGGGCUGAUCCGGGGAUACCAGAUCGGUUACCGUGAGAACGGGCCGGGCAGCAGCGGGCAGUACAGCAUCGUGGAGAUGAAGGCCACGGGGGACAGCGAGGUCUACACCCUGGACAACCUCAAGAAGUUCUCCCAGUACGGGGUGGUGGUCCAGGCCUUCAACAGGGCCGGCACCGGGCCCUCCAGCACCGAGAUCAACGCCACCACGCUGGAGGAUGUUCCCAGCGAGCCACCCCAGAACGUGCGCGCCAUCUCGGUGACGUCAGACGAGGCGGUGAUCACGUGGGCGGAGCCUCCUCGCGUGACCCUGCACGGGGUCCUCAAGGGGUACCGGGUGGUGUACUGGUCGCUGUUCCCUGACGGAGAGUGGGGUGAGAUGCAGAACAUCACCACCAUGAGGGAGCAGGUGGAGCUUCACGCUCUGGAGAAGUUCACCAACUACAGCGUCCAGGUGCUGGCCUACACCCAGGCCGGGGACGGCGUGCGCAGCAACGUGCUCUACAUCCAGACCCGCGAGGACCUGCCUGGCGCUCCUGCUGGUAUCAAGGCGGUCCCCUCUUCACCCAGCAGUGUGGUGGUGUCCUGGCUCCCCCCCCACAAGCCCAAUGGAGUGAUCCGCAAGUACACCAUCUACUGCUCCAGCCCCGCCUCCGGACACCCGGCGCCCAGCGAGUACGAGGCUAACCCCGAGAUGCUCUUCUACCGCAUCACCCACCUGAGCCGCGGCAUGCAGUACCACAUCUGGGCGGCCGCCGUCACCACCGCCGGCCGGGGCAACAUGAGCGACAAGGUGGUGGUGGAGCCCGCUGGGAAAGCGCCUGCUAAGAUCCUGUCGUUCGGUGGCACCGUGACCACGCCCUGGAUGAAGGAGGUCCGUCUGCCCUGCAGCUCUGUGGGAGAACCCACGCCCACCGUCAAGUGGACCAAGGAGAGUGAGGAUUCGGCCGCCCCGGUUGCACUGGACAAGGAGCGGGUGAUCUUAUCCAACGGGACGUUGGUGCUGCGCAUGGUGAAAGCAGAGGAUUCUGGGUACUACACCUGCACGGCCACCAACACCCUGGGCUUCGACACCAUCAUCGUCAACCUGGUGGUGCAAGUGCCGCCUGACCAGCCCCGUCUCACAGUCUCCACCACCUCCACCUCCUCCAUCACCCUGGCCUGGAUCCCUGGGGACAACGGGGGGAGCUCCAUCAGAGGCUUCGUGCUGCAGUACUCGGUGGACAACACGGAGGAGUGGCGCGACGUGUUCAUCAGCUCCAGCGAGCGCUCCUUCCGGCUGGAGAACCUGCGCUGCGGCACCUGGUACAAGGUGAAGCUGGCCGCCAAGAACAGCGUGGGCUCCGGGCGCAUCAGCGAGAUCAUCGAGGCCAAGACCCACGGACGAGAGCCCGUGUUCACCAAGGACCAGCCCCUGCUCACCCACAUCAACUCCAGCCACGCGGGCCUCAACCUCCAGGGCUGGACCAGCGGGGGGUGCCCCAUCACCGGCCUGCUGCUGGACUUCAGGCCCAAGGGCACGUGGGCGUGGCAGACGCUGAAGGCCAACGCCACGGGCCCGCUGAUCCUCAGCGAGCUGCGCGAGGCCACCUGGUACGAGCUGAAGAUGAAGGCCUGCAACAGCGCCGGCUGUGGGAACCAGAGCUCCCAGUUCGCAACCACCGACUACGACGGCAGCACCAUCCCGCCCAUCAAGUCGGCCCGCGGCGACGGCGACGACGUCAAGAAGCUGUUCUCCAUCGGCUCGCCCGUCAUCCUAGUGAGCAUGGGCGUCGCCCUACUCUUCAUCAUCCGCAAGAAACGCAAGGAGAAGAGACUGAAGAGACUCAGAGAUGCAAAGAGCCUGGCAGAGAUGCUCAUCAGCAAGAACAACCGCAGCAUCGACACCCCGGUGAAGGGCCCGCCCCAGGGGCCACGGCUGCACAUAGACAUCCCCCGCGUCCAGCUGCUCAUCGAGGACAAGGAGGGCAUCAAGCAGAUAGGUGAGGACAAAGCGGCGGUCCCAGUGACAGACACAGAGUUCAGCCAAUCGGUGAACCCGCAGAACUUCUGUACGGGGGUCUCCCUCCACCACCAGGCCCUCAUCCAGAACUCUGGACCUCUGAUAGACAUGUCGGACAUCCGCCCCGGAACCAACCCGGUGUCCAGGAAGAGCAUCAAGUCGGCCCACAGCUCCAGAAACCGCUACUCCAGCCAGUGGACGCUGAGCCGGCCGGGCCAGAGCCAGUCCACCGCCUCGGCCAGGACCCUCACCUCGGACUGGCGCACCAUGGGCUCUCACGGCAUCACGGCCACCGAGAGCGACAGCUAUAGCGCCUCGCUGUCGCAGGACACAGAUAAGGGCCGUAACAGCAUGGUGUCCACGGAGAGCGCCUCCUCCACCUACGAGGAGCUGGCCCGCGCCUACGAGCACGCCAAGCUGGAGGAGCACCUGCAGCACGCCAAGUUCACCAUCACCGAGUGCUUCAUCAGCGACAGCUCCUCGGACCAGAUGACCACCGGCACCAACGACCCGGCCGACAGCAUGACCUCGCUCAGCACGCCGUCGGAGCCCGGCAUCUGCCGCUUCACCGCCUCGCCGCCCAAACCCCAGGACUACGACCGCGGCAAGAACGUGGCCGUGCCCAUCCCCCACCGAGCCAACAAGAGUGAGUUCUGCAACCUGCCCCUCUACAUGAAGUCCGACCCGUUCUUCCGCAAGCAGAGCGAGCUCCAGGACCCGUGCCCGGCCGUGCCCCCCCGGGAGGCGUCCAUCCGCAGCCUGGCCCAGAGGGCCUACCACACACAGGGGCGCCACCUGACACUAGACCCCGCCAAGCAGGCCCUGACGCUGGGCCACUCGGGCCUCAGCGGCCUGGGCCUGGGCUCGGGCACGGCCACGCUGCCCCAGAGGACCCUGGCGGCGACCGCUGCCACAGCCUCCACCUCCAGCACCGGCAGCAACCCCGCCCCCAGCAGCAAGGGGGGCUCCCGGGACUCUCUGCUGGAGAGCUCCACCUCCGCGCUGGGCCGGCUGCAGAAACAGAGCGGGGGGGGCGCGGGGGCCUACUCCAAGUCCUACACGCUGGUGUAGCCCCGGCCCCCCCCCCCGCCGCCCCCCCAGGCUCCCUGGUGGACCCCCCGGGGGCCAGGCAGAGCAUGGCCGCGUCUUCCCGAGACAACGACAGACACCGCGCUGACCCCGCCCCCCACCCGGGUCCGACCGCAAGGGGGCCGCCUUCAGCUCAGCGUGGGCCGCGCAGUCGUCGGCAGAGGACCGGGAGCCCCGUCCUUAUUGGUCGAUACGGUCGGAGCGCCGAUGCUCCGUAGCUAUGGUGACCAAGUCUACUGACCCGUGUGGCCCACACUCACACACACACACACGCGCGCACACACACACACACACACAUGCACUGUCUCCAUUGCUUGAGCGUUUCUCAAUAUUGACAGGAGUUCUGAUUUAAGUUGCCGGUUUUCAUCUCCUCCUCUUGGCGUUUCUCUCGAUGUCCACAAGAUGCUCUGCUCCUGGAGGUCAAAGUUCGUCUCCCUAAUCCCCCCCUUUCCAGCGUGACCCUAUCCGACAGCUUGUCCAAUCAUCAAAACCCAAAUGACAUAGCUAGUAUUUCUCGCAAUACAAAUAGAGAAUAUUUGGUAUUAUAACAGAUUUUACAUAAAUGCAUAUAUAUAUAUUUUUAUGUAGGUAUAUUAUUGACAUCUAACUAAAAUUAUGACAAAGUAUUAAUAGCAUAUACUACGCUAGUGUAGUGGUAUAUAUAUAACAACUUUAACAUUGAAUCUAUUGUUGAAUUUAACAAAGACAAUCGCUCAUUCAUUUAAAGAGCAGUUAUAAAGAAGAGUCUAUGAACAGGAAGUACUGUCUGUUACUGCGUGUUGAUUGGUUCCCUGUCAUGUGAAGACAGGAAGUGCCAAUCUCCACGACCCAAAAGUAGAACCACAGAAAGAUUUCCUCUAAUAAAGAAAAAAGUAUUAAAGACCAGACCGUAUUCCAGCGCAGGUCGAUAGAUAAAUCCAUACAUUUAUUUAUUGACCAAUAUUCAAUGUCAUUAUUGCUGGUGCAGCCACCUGAACUUCCCGUCUGGGAUUAAUAAAACACCAUCUUAUCUUAUACUAUCCUAUGACUCAGCGACUGGUAGCUAUCUGCGUUUUGACCAGUGGUUUCAACUGGUUCACAGCGGUAAUCUUUGCACAGACACGCAGGUGUUUGUGUGGUAAACACGCGUCACGGUAACGGUAACACACGCUACCAACCUCUCUGAUAGACUCUGAGUAGUCAGCCGAAGUAUAGUCACGGACAAGCAGCCGUAGGACUCCCAAUCAUGUGAAGAAACAGGAAUAUGAGUUCUGAUCCAGAUUCUGGUAUAUGAUGUUCUGAUCCAGAUACUAUCCUACUGAUCCAGAUUCUUGUAUAUGAAGUUCUGAUCCAGAUACUAUGAUAAUUAUCCAAAUUCUGGUAUAUGAAGUUCUGAUCCAGAUACUAUGAUGAUGAUCCAGAUUCUGGUAUAUGAUGUACUGAUCAAGAUACUAGUAUAUGAUGUUUUGAUCCAGAUUCUAGUAUAUGAUGUACUGAUCAAUGUUAUAGUAUGCUUUACUGAUCCAGAUACUAGUAUAUGAUGUACUUAUCCAGAUACUAUGAUACUGAUUCAGAUACUUGAUGUACUGAUCCAAAUACUAUGAUUCUGAUCCAAAUACUAGUAAAUUAUGUACUGAUCCAGAUACUAUGAUACUGAUCCAGAUACUAUGAUACGGAUCCAGAUACUAGUAUAUGAUGUUCUGAUCGAGAUACUAUGAUACGGAUCCCGAUUCUAGUAUAUGAUGUACUGAUCCAGAAGAACUAGUAUUUGUCAGGGAGCUUGGUACAAAAUAUAUAAUGCACUCAGUGGUACUACUGCCCUGUCUAAAGUACUGUCUGUGUUCUCCAUCAUGUACAUGUACUACAUAUAAUGAAGUACUACAUAUAAUGAAGUACUACAUAUAAUGUACAUACUGGGAUGGGUUUUGAAGCGUCUCCAUCAUUGUGUGUUUCUCCUUAUUUAUUCACUCAUCUCCAGCGUCGCUUGUUGUCUUGGUCUGCAUACGGGGGGGGGGGGGGGAUUCACAAUUUUCUUUAUUUCAUUCAUCAAAUUUCAGUUUUUUAUUCUACAAUGUUUGUUUCAGUGGCCAAACGCUUACAAGGCUGCCAGCCUUGGUACUGCAGUACUCACUACUACUACCAAAUACUGCAAGCCAGUACUGAAAUACUAUGAGCCGGUACUGCAUUGUCACUCUGCAGUACUGCAGUAUUAGCAGUACUGCAUUACUACCCACCAUUUCAGCAGUACUACAGACAAUUAUUUCUGCAGUGUUACUCAGUCGUACUGCAGAACUACCCAUCAGUACUGCAGUGUUACUCAGCUGUACUGCAGUAUUACCCAUCAUUACUGCAGUGUUACUCAGCAGAACUGCAGAAUUUCUAAGCAGUACUGCGGUAAUCCCCGCCAGUACUGCAGUAUUACUCAGCAGAACGGCAGUACUCCUGGUCAGUCCUGGGCCCAUUCAAGCCCAGAGAACCAGGAUGUCUCUGAUGUUGUGUAAAUACAGGUUGGCCUCAGCGGAAGCCUCUCUCCUCAUCUUCCUCCUUCUGUCCAGCUCAUCCAACGGUUCCACCCUUAACUCCGCCAUCGCUUCCUUGUCAGUGUUGUUUAUAAAAACACGUGUACAUAAAAUACAGUUUUGAAUUAAGAGCUAUUUUCUUCAACCAGGGCAUCUAUCAGGAUCCCGUGCCCCAACGCCAGAAUUUGAGACAUGAUCAAGGAUAUGAUUUUAUUUCAGUAGUGAGCAAAAUGCAUUUUUCUUUCCCCUUAUGUUUUUGAUACUAAUUUGUUGGAUUUUUAUUCUUUUUUUAAAAGGUAUUUUGAUGUUGUCGCUUGUACUAUUUUCCUUUUUUUUUUUUUUUAUAUCAUUUUGUAUUUUUUGUUCAUCCUCAAAAUACGUCAUUGCAUGCUUGCUAAAAGGGAAAUUUGACGGAUAAAAAAAUGUAUGAAAAAGUGAAAUAAAAAAAGAAAAAUGUCGAGGGCCCCGGGAACAUUUGUUUGAGUUGCUUGUUACAGCAGAUGCUUGUGUUCAAACGAACAUUUUAUAUGAAAAGAGACAAAAAAAUAAAAACAUUCUAACACCUUAUGCAAUAAAGCUAUCUUUCAUA